GAAUGCUGUUGCAUACACUUAGGCGUAAGUAAUCAACUUGUAUCUACAGAUUUAUCAGAGACCGUACAAAAAUUCUAUCAAAGGGCUUAUAACAAUAAUUUUGCAUUCUUCAACAAUUAUUAAAUUUAACAAUUUUUAAAGUGAUUUAAAAAAUUAUAUAAGAUAAGAAGAUUUUCAUUGAUAUAUAUUGAAAGAAAUAUGUCGCAUUUCCAAAGCGUACCUGAUACUGGAGAUGAUUUAGACAACGAAUCUGUGGAAGUGUUGCGAGCACGGUUAAACGACAUGAAGCGGUUGAUGAGUGAACGCACUGCCCAAAUACAACAGAAUCCGGCCACUACAGAGCAAAUAUGGAGCACUAAACGACAAACUGCGACAGGAAUUAUCGAUGGCAAUUUCCUAAGCGUUGCGUUUGGAGGCGCUCUAUUGGUUAUCGUUUCGGUUUCAGUGUACGCAUUUUACAAUUUAUAUCAUGCAAUAUUGAAGAAGUUUCCUUCACAUCAUGAAGAACUGUAAAAAGUUAAAUGCAAUUUAGCGUUACGAGAAAAGGGAGUGCUACUAUACACACAUGUGCACUUCAUUUUUGCGAAUACCACACAUAUAUAUGGAUUCGUAUGGCAUAUGAUAUCUGUGGUAUGUUUCAGUUAUACUGAAGUUUACGGUUACAUACAAAAACGUUAAACUAAAGGAAUUUAUAUAUGUUUGCGGAAAAAUACUGAACUACAUAAUUUUAUUAAAAUAA